UUGUAUGUCUCUGUCCAUCCAGCUCUUGACGUUCAAGUUUACAGGAACGUCACGUCCGCACUUGAACUUGCAGCUCAGGGGGGCUUUUGCCAUUUUUUUUUCAUUUCUCUCCUUCUCUAUCUCUCUCCUUUUUUUUUUUUCUUUUUUUUUUUUACCCCCCUCCAAAAAAAAAAAAAAAAAAAAAAAAGCCAUGACGGCUGUCCCACAAUUCAUCUUCUCAGCACCAUCUUUCUAUUAUUUCUAAUUUAUUUUGGAUGUCAAAGGCAUUUGAUGAAGAUAUUUUCUCUGGAGUCUCCGUCUUUCUAACCCUGCUCUCCCGAUGUGAACCGAGCUCUCACAAGCCACCCCACCAACCAACAUGUCUCGCCGAAAGCAAGGCAAGCCCCAGCACUUAAGCAAGCGGGAAUACUCACCCGAACCUGUCGAAGCCAUUCUUACAGACGAUGAGCCAGACAACAGCACAUUGGGAGCUGGAGAAGGGGACCAUGACCUUCUAACUUGUGGCCAAUGCCAGAUGAACUUCCCAUUGGGGGAUAUUAUUAUUUUUAUUGAGCACAAACGGAAACAAUGCAAUGGCAGCCUUUGCUUAGAGAAGGCUGUGGAUAAACCGCCCUCGCCAACGCCAAGUGAGUUGAAAAAAGCGUCCAAUCCUGUGGAGGUUGGCAUCCAGGUCACGCCGGAGGAUGACGAUUGUUUGUCAACGUCAUCUAGAGGAAUUUGUCCAAAACAGGAAAAUGCAGCAGGUAAAGAUGAGCCCAGCAGCUAUACAUGUACAACUUGUAAACAGCCAUUCUCCAGUGCAUGGUUUCUUUUGCAACACGCACAGAACACCCACGGCUUCAGAAUCUACUUGGAAAGUGAACAUGGCAGCCCACUCACACCCAGGGUAGGCAUUCCAUCAGGACUGGGCGCAGAAUGUCCUUCACAGCCACCACUACAUGGAAUUCAUAUUGCAGACAAUAAUCCCUUUAACCUAUUACGAAUCCCUGGAUCAGUAUCAAGAGAGGCUUCUGGUCUCACUGAGGGCCGCUUUCCACCAACACCCCCAUUAUUUAGCCCCCCUCCGAGACAUCAUUUGGAUCCUCAUCGCAUAGAGCGUCUGGGUGCAGAAGAAAUGGCUCUUGCAGCCCAUCACCCGAGUGCCUUUGACAGGGUGCUGCGACUUAAUCCCCUGGCUAUGGAACCACCAGCUAUGGAUUUUUCCAGGAGACUUAGAGAGCUAGCUGGAAACACUUCCAGCUCAAGUCCUCCAUUGUCUCCCAACAGGCCCAGCCCUAUGCAAAGGUUACUACAGCCAUUCCAGUCGGGCAGUAAACCCCCGUUUUUGGCAACGCCGCCUCUUCCACCACUUCAGUCAGUUCCUCCUCCUUCACAGCCUCCUUUAAAAUCGAAAUCCUGUGAGUUUUGUGGUAAAACAUUCAAAUUUCAAAGCAAUCUAGUAGUCCAUCGUAGGAGCCACACUGGAGAGAAACCAUAUAAGUGUAACCUUUGUGACCAUGCAUGCACGCAGGCUAGCAAACUAAAACGUCACAUGAAAACACACAUGCAUAAAUCUUCCCCUAUGACUGUCAAAUCAGAUGAUGGUCUCUCCACAGCCAGCUCACCAGAACCUGGAACCAGUGAUAUAGCUGGUAGUGCAAGCAGUGCCCUUAAAUCGGUGGUAGCCAAAUUUAAAAGUGAAAAUGAUCCUAACAUGAUCCCAGAGAAUGGUGACGAAGAAGAGGAGGAGGAAGAGGAAGAGGAAGAAGAGGAGGAAGAGGAAGAGGAGGAGGAGGAUUUGACUGAAACAGACAGCAGGCCAGAUUAUAGUUUUGGCCUGAAUCUUGAAGCUGCUCGUCACCAUGAAAACCACUCCAGAUCUGGUGAGGAAAGUCGGUCUAUGCCUGAUGUAAUGCAAAGUAUGGGCCUUGGUGCAAUGCAUCAUUUUAGUGAUGCUUUUCAUCAGGUAUUGGUGGAAAAACAUAAAAGAGGGCAUUUAUCCGAACCAGAAGUACAAAGAGACACUUGUGACGAAGACUCAGUGGCAGGAGAGUCAGAUCGUAUAGACAGUGGUACUGUUAAUGGGAGGGGGUGUUCACCAGGGGAAUCGGCGUCAGGAGGCUUAUCAAAAAAAUUGCUUCUUGGUAGCCCAAGUUCAUUGAGUCCAUUUUCAAAACGCAUCAAACUCGAAAAAGAAUUUGACCUACCUGCUGCAGCUAUGCCUAACACAGAAAAUGUUUACUCUCAGUGGCUUGCUGGUUAUGCCGCUUCCAGGCAGCUAAAAGAUCCAUUCCUCAGUUUUGGAGACUCCAGACAAUCGCCUUUUGCCUCCUCCUCGGAGCAUUCAUCUGAAAAUGGCAGUUUACGAUUUUCUACACCUCCAGGAGAAAUGGAUGGAGGGAUUUCAGGCCGUAGUGGCACAGGAAGUGGAGGAAGCACUCCCCAUAUUAGUGGCCCAGGGCCGGGAAGGCCUAGUUCAAAAGAGGGCAAGCGCAGCGACACUUGUGAGUACUGUGGAAAAAUCUUCAAGAACUGUAGUAACCUCACUGUUCACAGGAGGAGCCACACUGGUGAAAGGCCUUAUAAGUGUGAGCUCUGCAACUACGCCUGCGCACAGAGUAGCAAACUUACCCGGCACAUGAAAACACAUGGUCAGGGGGAAAAUACAGCAUCUUUAAAUCUAAGGACAGAACAAUCAAAUUUAUAUGGCAAGAAGUCUGAAAAGAUAUGCAAAAGUAUUAACAAAUAUGCAUACCAAUUUGGGCAGAAAUAAACAAUACAUCUAGCUUUGAUGACGACGAAGAAGAUACAGAAGAUGAACAACUGAUAUGAACAGGCCAGAUAACUCAAAAAAUAAAUAAAUACAUAAACACAUCAAAAAGAACACUGAAGUUGUAGCAGACUAGUGGUGGCUAGUGUGUCAGGCAGGAAUGUUCUAUAAAACCCACUUUGUCCCUUUGCCAACAUGAAUUCUGCUCUGUUGCUAUUAAAUAUCCCUUUUUUUAUUUUCUAUUUUUUUUUUUAUAAAUGUCAGUGGCCAGUUUCACAGUACGUCAUUUAAAUAUCUAAUUGGGUUUUUUAUUUCUCCCCAAAAAGCGGAUACAUAUGUACCGUAAGUUAGGCUCAAAAUGCAGCUGAUAGUCACCAAUGCAGAUGGAGAGGUGGAAGUCAAAUAAUACCAAUGCAGGCAAAAAUAAAUAUGAUCAUGCACUUAAAUUCUUAUCUUGACUCGUGCUGGACUGGUAAAAGACAAUAUGGAUAAAGUGGUAUUUUUUAGUGUUUUCACCUAUGUGGGAUUACGUGAAAGCCUAGUUUAAGAGAUUAUAUACUACACUGGCUCAAUAACUUUAAAAACUAGUCAAAAAGAACAUAACUUAAAAAUGACAUGUUGUAUUCUGAGCUCAACAGAAAAAAAUAGUAAUAUAAAGUGUGACAUUUUCUAACAGUGUGAUAAAUUAAUGGUGUUAUAAAAACCAUGAACCAUUGAGGCCUUUUGAAGUUUGUUAGAAUUCUGCUCCAGGUUUAUAUGGCAUCCAUAAUGUGUUCUUAAGCUGCUGUAAAAUUCCAUGCAAGCAUGACCUAGUGUCCGGAGAUACUUUUAUAAAUAUAUUUCUAUGUUGAAAUUGUCAAACAAACAAAAAAAAAAUGAUGUGAUUAACAUUAACUGUUCAUUGUUAGAUUUUCAAGGCCUACUUGUAGUAGAAAAAAAACUCUUAUAGCACAGAAGCUAUGUCAUUUUAGGAACGUUGCUGUUAAUACAAUUUAAUUUUAAAUAGACUUUGCGAAAAAAAAUUUAAUGACGCUGGGUAAAAAAAAUAUAUAUUUUUUUUGCCUCCAUAUAAUUUUCAUUUUAUAUGUUCCUCUGAGUCGCAAUAAAUCCGGAAUUAAAAAAUCCAGUAUCAGUGCCUGAAAUUCUAAAUAUAUAGCUUGCAUUAUGAAAUAUACAGGUGGGGGUCCUUUUAAUGCAGUUUGUACAUAGUAAAAUAUUGUAAGUUAAAAUAAAUAUGCCAGUUCUUAUGUUAUUCGUUACCCAUUUUGGGUGAAUUUAAUGUGAUGUAAACUGUUGUUAUAUACUGAAAGUAUAUUCCGAGAACCAUUGUUAAUACACGUUAUACAUUUGCCUUUAAAAAGGCUGAGUCGGUUAAAAUUAAAUUGACACAAUAAA